GGCUGCGGGCAGUGCUGCUGGUGACUAACGGUGGCUAGCAGGUUAGGUGCGCCAGCUAUCAGACGGAGGAGAGCCCCGCCUGCACCGUCACACCGGCCGCGGCUUGGCGCAGGCUGGAUCGGAGUACGCGGCGACGUGGGGGGGAGAGCCGGGGCGACAGGAUGCAACCAUGGCCGCGCGUUAUGCAUUUGUGAGCCCAUAUUUAUGCUUCUCUUGAGACGUGGCAGAACUCAUUAAUUUUUUCUUGUGCCUUUCCUGGAAACUUCUGGUUGUCAUUGUGAACAGCUGUGGACUUAUCUGACACGCACAAAACUGUCAUAGCAGAACAACCAUGGAUCUCAAGACCGCAGUAUUCAAUGCUGCCCGUGAUGGCAAGCUACGCCUUCUUUCCAAGUUGCUGGAAAACAAGGCCAAAGAUGAAGUAAUUUUGCUCAUGUCGGAGAAAACCAAUGGGGCAACACCUCUUUUAAUGGCAGCCCGAUAUGGCCACCUGGACAUGGUAGAUUACUUGCUGGAUCAGUGCAGUGCAUCUGUGGAAAUUGGGGGAUCUGUCAAUUUCGAUGGGGAGACCAUAGAAGGAGCACCGCCACUGUGGGCUGCAUCUGCAGCUGGCCACCUUAAAGUGGUUCAGUCGCUACUGGAUCAUGGAGCUUCCGUGAACAACACAACCCUCACCAACUCUACGCCAUUGCGGGCUGCCUGCUUUGAUGGGCACUUGGAGAUUGUGAAGUAUUUGGUAGAGCACAAAGCUGACCUGGAGGUAGCCAAUCGUCAUGGCCACACUUGUUUGAUGAUCUCCUGCUACAAAGGUCACAAAGAGAUAGCCCAGUUUCUGCUAGAAAAAGGAGCAGAUGUUAAUAGGAAAAGUGUGAAAGGGAACACCGCUUUGCAUGACUGUGCUGAAUCUGGAAGCCUAGAAAUCAUGAAAAUGCUUCUAAAAUAUGGAGCCAGAAUGGAGAAGGAUGGCUAUAGCAUGACACCGCUACUCUCAGCCAGUGUGACUGGUCACACCAAUAUUGUGGACUUCCUGACUCAGCACCCACAGACCAGUAAGAGAGAGCGCAUCAAUGCCCUUGAACUUCUUGGAGCUACAUUCGUCGAUAAAAAACGGGACCUACUUGGUGCCUUAAAGUAUUGGAAGAGAGCUAUGGAUAUGAGAUACAGUGACAGGACUAACGUUAUUAGCAAACCUGUUCCGCAGGAAUUAAUUAUGGCAUAUGACAAUGCCAAGGAGGUAAAUACUGCUGAAGAGCUAGAUAACCUUAUAGCUGACCCUGAUGAGAUGAGAAUGCAAGCUCUUUUAAUUAGAGAACGAAUUUUAGGCCCUUCACACCCAGAUACAUCCUAUUACAUCAGGUAUCGGGGUGCAGUCUAUGCCGAUUCUGGGAACUUCAAGCGUUGCAUCAAUCUGUGGAAGUAUGCAUUGGACAUGCAGCAGAACAACCUGGAUCCUCUAAGUCCAAUGACAGCAAGUAGUCUGUUAUCAUUUGCUGAGCUAUUUUCCUUCAUGCUUCAGGAUCGGGCUAAAGGAUUGCUUGGUACUACAGUUACAUUUGAUGACCUUAUGGGUAUACUGUGUAAAAGUGUGCUGGAAAUAGACCGAGCAGUCAAACAAGCAUUGAUGCCUCCUGACCAAGUCCAGCUAAACAAGGCCCUCUCUAUAAUUUUGCACUUGAUCUGUUUGCUGGAGAAAGUUCCCUGCAGCCCGGACCAAGAGCACUUCAAAAAACAGAACAUUUAUAGGUUCCUUAAGCUGCAACCUAAAGGUAAAAAUAACUUUAGCCCUCUUCACCUGGCUGUGGAUAAGAACACCACUUGUGUUGGCCGCUACCCCGUUUGCAAAUUCCCUUCUCUUCAGGUUACCGCCAUCUUGUUAGAGUGUGGCGCUGAUGUUAAUGUCCGAGACUCUGAACAGAACAGUCCGCUACACAUCGCUGCUCUCAACAACCACCCGGAUAUCAUGAAUCUGCUUAUAAAAACUGGGGCACAUUUUGACUCUACAAAUUCGCACAACCAAACUGCCUGUGAUUUGCUGGAUGAGAAGGAAAUUGCAAAGAACUUAAUCCAGCCAAUCAACCACACCACCUUGCAGUGUUUGGCUGCACGUGUGAUUGUCAAACACAACAUAACAUACAGAAAGCAAAUUCCUGAGAAGCUGGAGAGCUUUGUUUUGCUUCAUAGAUGAUGCUUUGCCUGGACCUCUAGUACACGUGAAGGAUGUGCGCUUUGACUGUUGGCUUAUUAAUAAAGCACUGUUGAUAGGAGACAUCAGUUAUGCUUCAGCUGGUAAUGUCAUGAUCCACUUGUCUACAACAUAGUAUCAUCUCCUCUGGAAGGAUUCGUUACCCAUAUUUCAAUUUGAAUAUAUAUCAAAUUUGGUUUUCUAUGUCCUUUUUAAAUUGUAUUUUCUGCACCUCAACUUGUACAAUCUGCCAAAUUCUGUUUCCAUGUGGUUUGUUUUCUGCCUGUUAUUGGGGUGGGGAGAGUGGCACACGUUUUUUUUUCCCCCUUAUGCCUUUUUUUUCUGGUGGCUUCCUGCUAUUUUGCUGGCUUUGUGGAUUUUUUUUUUUUUCUUGCCUGAGUUCAGGUCAUUUCCGCUCUUGUAAUCUCCAAGCCUUUCACUCCCAAUGUUUCGAUGGGUAUCUUUCUAUGGACCAUUGCUAAUUUGUAAAAGCUUUAUGAACAUGUUAAUGUUUGCAAUUACCAUAAGUGCUUUAUCUCCUCUAUGCACUGGCUUAGACAUGACUGUUGUGUGUUAGCAUACUUCUAUGCAGCAUUUUGCCAGCCCAAUUACAACACAAUUUGUCAUUUGUUUUCCAUUCUGCACUAAACAGCAUGGCUAUUUAGUAGGAGUUUUGCUAGCUUCUGCGGGCAAAACAACAUUUGACGUCACAACUGCCUUCCCUUGAUCUAGAAAUACAAGAGAGGUAUCUUGGGAGUAUUCUUGCUUUUCCAAACCUUUUGAAUUAAAUUCAAUGCUCAACAUUACAAGAGUGUGCAGAAAGCCUCUUACUUAUUUGUCUUCGGAUAGCUCCUCAUUUAGCAAACUGUCGGAGAUGAGAACUGUCUUUCUUGGCCUGUAGCAAUCCUGAUUCCAUUUACUGCUGCCCUUUUCUGCUGCAGUUUGAUUGCUGGCACUUCUCACUGCAGACAUUCGUAAAUGAGCCCAUUGGUACUUUUUAAAUACCCUUUCUUAAAGGGACACUAUCAAGAAAAAAAUGUUUUAAACCAAGAGCUGUCAGUUUUAAUAUAAGAGUGGUGGUGUAGUAUGGGUAUGGGUAGGCUUGCAC